AUGGCCUGCGGCACGCGUUUACUCGACAAUUGGUCGUUCACACAGAUUGGAACAAGAGAUGGAGAGUGGAUUCCAGUUUCGUCAUUUCCAACAACAGUCCAUGUCGAGCUUCUGAAGAUAAACAGGAUCCCUGACCCAUUUAUUGGCCUACACGAUUGGGAUGUGCAAUGGAUUGGGGAGAGCGACUGGGCCUUUCGGUCUACAUUCGAAGUCACCGAUGCAGAAUUGGCAUGCCGAAACGUGGACUUGGUGAUUGAUGGUCUUGAUACCUACGCCAUCGUAAAACUCAAUGGCCAAAAAAUCUUAGAGUCAAGCAAUCAGUUCAUAUCGCACAGGCUAUCAGUCAAGAAAAGCCUCCGAGUGGGCUCUAAUGAACUGCUCCUGCAUUUUGAAAGCACUUUUAUGAAGGGUAGGGAAAUUGAGAAAGAACAUGGAAAGUUGAACCUCUGGAAUGGCGACAGUAGUCGGCUCCACGUCCGAAAGGCCCAAUAUAACUAUGGAUGGGAUUGGGGUCCAAUUUUGAUGACUGUGGGGCCCUGGAAAUCUAUCAGCCUUCAAACAAGUCAAAAACGGCUUACAGACCUUGAUAUUCGAACCUAUGUAUCUGAGUCCUUGGACGUGAAGCUGACGGUUGAAUUUUCCCUCUCUGAUAAAACACCCGGCCACGCAAAUUUCGUUUUGAAGAACCCCGAUGGUUCAACGGAGGCUUCAGUUAGCAGAAUCCGCACGGAUACAGGCAACGCCGAACUCUCCCUUGAAUGGGAGCCGGGCAAAGUUCAGCUCUGGUAUCCUGUUGGAUACGGUGCCCAACCCAUUUACACGGUACAAGUAACAUUGGUGGAUGAGGAAGGACACGCGCUUGACAAUAAAUCAGAAAAAAUCGCCUUCCGUCGUGCUUGUGUGAUUCAAAACAAACUGAUUGAUGAGGAAGGCCUUAGCUUUUUCUUCGAAAUUAACAACAUCAGAAUAUUCUGUGGUGGUUCAAACUGGAUACCCGCCGACUCGUUCUUGACUACAAUGACUGCAGAGAGAUAUAGGUCAUGGUUGAUGCUCCUUAAAAAUGGCAACCAAAACAUGGUUCGUGUAUGGGGAGGUGGUAUUUACGAGCACGAUGACUUCUACGCAAUUUGUGAUGAACUUGGAAUUCUCGUUUGGCAAGAUUUUAUGUUUGGUUGCGGUCAGUACCCGGCGUAUGACUCCUUUUUAGAUUCAGUCCGAGAAGAAGUGACGCAAAACGUUAAGAGACUGCGUCAUCACCCUUCAAUCGUAAUCUUUGCUGGCAACAAUGAAGACUAUCAAUUGGCGGAAUCGCUUAACCUCGAGCUAGAUUAUGACGAUGAGGAGUCUGACUUUCGCAAAACAAACUUCCCAGGGCGAUACAUCUAUGAGCGCCUGCUUCCUGAAAUCGUCAGCGCACACUGUGAUAUUUUCUAUCAUCGAGGUUCUCCGUAUAGCGGAAAUGGAAAGCCAACCACUGACAGGACGUUUGGCGAUCUACACCAAUGGAACGUCUGGCACGGGUCCCAGCAGCCCUGGCACAAUUGGGACGUAUUGUCUGGCCGUUUUGUAUCGGAGUUUGGCAUGCAGGGCUUUCCAAACAUCAGAACGGUUGACUACUGGCUCGGUGGGGACAAGACUGAACGCUUCCCCCAAUCAAGAACCAACAACAACCAUAACAAAGCUGCUGGAUUUGAACAUCGUCUGGAGUUAUAUUUGGUCCAAAAUUUCAGACAUUCUUUUGAAAUGGAAAGCUACGUAUAUUAUACGCAGAUCAUGCAAGCAGAAGCACUUGCGUCGGCAUAUCGACUGUGGAGGCGUGAAUGGCGCGGCGAAGGAAGGGAGUACACUGCAGGCGCCCUCGUUUGGCAGAUCAAUGAUUGCUGGCCGGUCACAUCCUGGGCGAUUGUUGACUAUUUUCAACGACCAAAGCCAGCAUAUUUUGCAAUUGCACGUGAACUUCAGUCGUACACCAUUGGCAUAACUCGGAAAGAAUAUCAAUCGUUCUACGAUGAUCGCUCGUCCGCAAAUUUUGUGAUUACAACUGAGUUACAAAUCUGGGGGACCAAUAGCACAUUGUCACCCAAACAUGCCACGCUGUCCGUGUCUUGCUUUGAUUUGUAUUCAGAUUGGAGGCACGUUUGGGAAGACGAUAUUGUCCUUGCGGUCAAUUCCAGCACAGAACUUUAUAGAGGACCGUUGCCUGGCCAGCCAGAUAGAACGAAGUGGAGUGAGUCACCCAAGGCCAUUAUAGUUUCGGCAAGAAUAUUGGAUAAGAGCAAAGCUGUUCUGGCCAGACAUUCAAAUUGGCCAGAGCCGUACAAGUUCAUCAAAUUUCCUCCCGUUGAAAAUUUGGGACUCGCUGCUGUCGUCGAGGACGACGGGGAAACAGUUACACUCAAAACAAGCAAGCCUGUCAAAGGAUUGGUGUUAGAUGUGGACGGAGAUGAGGUCAAGUGGAGUGAUCAGGCUAUUGACCUGGUUCCAGACGACCCGCAGCGUGUUUGCGCCAUAGGGUUGAAGGGGAGGGAAGUGAAACUCAGAUUUUUGGGAGACGGGUCGGCUUAA